GCGUGGUGGCGCAGUUGGUGCAACAGUUUUUGGAGAACUGACAUUUGAUGAUGUCACACUAUUUCCAAAUGUUAAAAAAUCCCUUCUGAACUGGAAAUUACAUGUCUUUGUGAACUGUCACAUCUCUGUUGUGUGGCUGCCAUGGUAACCUUAAGGAGCCACUGACAUCUGUUUUAACAUUUAAAAUUGUCUUUACACACAGUAGGCCGUUUAUACAAUUGAAUUUAAGCAUUUCGUCUUAGUUUAUGUUAGAUUUUAGCCUUAACGGACUCAAGAUUUCUUUAGUAUUUUUUUAUCUCUAGUAGAUUUUUUUAGUAACAACAAACAAAUUACACAGCUUCAGUUUAAGCUUGGAGUGGACUUGUUUUGAUUUGGUUACAGCAUUAGCAUCCAAUGGGGCCAAUUAAAAGAGCAGCGCAAUGAAUUCUGGGAUAUCUAGGAGCAUAAAUUUCAUUUUCCAGCAAGCUGAAAAACACAAAAACAUGGUGAUAGACACACAGGCCCUAGAUAAUACUCCACUUGAUGUAAAUCAAAGUGAUAAAUUUAUGUUUUGCAUUUUGAUCCUAUAACAUCUGUUAGUUUUGUGACCUGUCUGUGGAACUGUUUUAAUAUAUUCUCAUAAUGAUUUUUAGGUCAGUCGUAGCAGAUUUGAAAAGGAGAUCCAUAAAUGCAUUUUUAUGUCCAGUUCAGUUGUGAAGAGGCAGUUAUUGUUCACCACUCUUCCAUUUGAGUCAAAUUAAGAUGAUUAGCAAAGUUACAAAGAUUAAUUCACUGAAUAGCAAGAUAACUUCCACUAUAUUUCAUGGUAAUCUAUUUUGUAAUUGCUGUAAUGUGCUUAGAGCAAGUAUUUAAAAAGGUCCAUAAAAUAGGUGAAAGUGUUUUUUUACUAUAGAAAAGUGGAGUUGGGGAGGUGGCUCUCCUCCAAAAGAACAGUCAUUGUUAGGGAGCAGGCAGCUCUUGGCAUUCAGGAUCACACGCUACCGAGAUUAAAGACCUGAUGGAAAUAUUUAAUUAUUUAUUGCAAAAUGAUUUCAGGUUUUGAUAUUUCUGAGCACAAUUGCUUCUCGUAACAAAGGCAGCAAUCACAAAUACGCAAAAGUACAAUAAAAGUGUAUUUAUCCUCAGCCAACACCCACCUGGCUGGUUAGAAUCAAAGCUGCAACCUUCACAUCUACUAACACGACCUGCAGGUGGACAGCAGACCAGCUGUCAAACACCCCUCAGCUCCCCAAUGUGUAAAAGGUUUCAAAUCGAACAAAGGCCAACAUAUCCCCUUACUGUGUGCCUUUUAUUCUCUCUGCCAACUCUCACUCUGUUUAACACAAAGCCAUUAAGCAGAAUGAUGAACCGUCAUGUUUGAUUAUGAGACCUGCAGGAUUUUUUCUGCUCACCAGCCAGGAUGCAGCUGGUUGACUUAUUUUCCUGAGAUAAUCCAUCUGAACAAGCAUCAGGCUGUAAUCACCAGAAGAUCAUUUGUAGAAAACCAUCCUAUUGACCUUGUUCACAUUCUUCUCUUGACUCCUGCUGUGCAGGCUCAAUCUGUGGCAGAGGCUGCAGAAGUCAGAACUACUCUGGGGAUGGUAUAAGAAACGUUAAAUGCUGCUGUGCGCAGAGCCUGUGUGAUAUAUGUGCUUUGAAAAGCCUUAAAGAAUUGUUCUUGGCUUGUUCCUGUACUUACAAAAAUCAGAGGAGUAGCAACCUUGUUUCUUCCAGUUUAAAAACAAGAGCAGUCAGAUAUGAAACAAAAACCUCACCGAGUAAUGAGACGCUUGCAGCUUUUUAAAAUCAAGCUAAUAAAGCUAUUUCUCUGUUUGAAGCUGUGGUUUACUUGCUCCAUUUCAUGUAAAAAUGAAAAUGUUUCAUCACGUUACAAUUCAGUGUCACUUCUUUUCUCUUCACAAACAACAGAGCAAAUGUUUGUGGAUGUUUGUGGUGAAAUCAAGUGAAAGCUUUCGUUCUGACAUCAGUGUGGUUACCUUCAAAAGCUUCUCUCUUUCUCUGAGUUGUUGACAUCAGCCUGCUGCAGCUGUUUCAUGCUGACGAUGCAAUCUAAAUGAAGAGUGAAUUUGUUAAUUAGCUCAUUUUAACCUCAUACUGAAGGGCUAAUCAGAGCUAGAGCUUAAAAAAUAAAUAUUUUUAGGCAAGUUUUGAACAGAACUGUAGUUAAAUAAAAAUUCUUACUCCACAUAUUUAUGUUGUAUUUCUAGGAUGUAUUUUCAUGAGCAAGAGUUUUGGGGUCUGCAUUAGGCCUCCAUAAUUCUGGGAAAAAAUGAAGCCAACACAGAAGUUGCAAAAAUUGCAGUUCCACCCUCAUCCGCUAGGGGCUGGCACCAGAAAUCCACAAAUCCUCAUUGACUUCCAUAUUAAAAAUGCCAUUUUCACAGCUGAAAUAAACAUGUUUACAGCAUGGUUAAGAAAAAAAAACAUUUUAGGUUUAAUAGAUCAGUUUACACUCUGAGGGGGGUAAUAUGUUUUUGUAACUAUUCUGUUCAAGUGGAAUUUAAUGCUUAAAUUUCUGAAUAGCUUCAGAGCCACAUGUUUUCAUAGAUAGCUCCAGGAAAAAGCUUCAGCCUGGGCCUCGGCCUCACGUUAAUUGUUGGGUUAAAGCUGAGUUAAUGGAGGUCUAAUUGGUCCACCACCACUGAGAACUAUAUCUCCCAGAAUGCACCAACAAAAAGGCGACUGAUUGCUGAUGAAAAACACCUAUGCGGGAUGGUGGCUCUCAGUCCUCGGUCAAACAGGAACAGCACAGCAAGCUCUACUCAUGAACUUUACUCUAAAGAUGCCAAUGGUUAUCUAUGCGCUGAACACAAAAAACGACGAACACGAGGCCGCCAUCGCCACGCUGAAGGAGGCGCAUGAGGAGGAGGUGCAGCAGAUCCUUUCUGAGACCAGAGAGAAGAUCCUGCAGUACAAGGGCAAAAUAAGUGAUGAGUUGGACCUGAAGAAGCGGAUCCAGUCUCUGGAAGAGUCCAUGGAGGUCCAUGAGAGGAUGAAGAGGCAGGCGCUGGCAGAGUUUGAGAGCUACCGCCAGAGGGUGGAGGACAUGCAGCUCUGCACCGAGGCGCAGCACACACAGCGCGUGGUGUCCAUGUCAAGGGAGGUGGAGGAGAUGAGACGGUCUUUUGAGGAGAAGCUGCGUACGUUUAGCCAGGCCCAGGCUCAGUUUGAGCAGGAGAAGAAGGCUGCUUUGGAGGACCUCAAGGCUCAGCACAGACAGGAGAUCCAGGAACUUCUUCGCAGCCACCAGAGUCAGAACGCAAAUUACAGCAAAGACCAGGAGAAACUGGGACAGCUCCACAAAGCUGAGGUGGAUUCCCUGACGGAGCGGGUGGAGGAGCUAAAACAAGACAAGAAGAGGCUGGUGGAGGAAUAUGAGGCCAAACUCAGCAAGGCUCAGGCCUUUUACGAGCGUGAGCUGGAGGCCAUGAAGAGAACCCAGCAGCUGACGGCCGACAACUUGCUGGCAUGGAAGCGCACCGAGGCUGAACUGAGGCGAGAGUUCCAGACUCAGGAGGCGGCGCUCCAGAAAACCCUCGGAAAGCUGAGGGCCGAACUGGCCCGGGUCACGAAUGAAGCUCGGGAAAACCGUGAGAAGUCCUACAAGCUGCAGAUGUCGCUCACCGCAGCAGAGAGCACCAACAAGGAUUUAACCAAGCAGCUGGAUGAGGUGACCCAGAACUCCGAGAUCAUAGAGAUCCGUCAGAAGGAGGCCGAGUGUGAACUGGAAGCAGCCAGAGACAGAGUUCAGCAGCAGGCGACGGAAAUACUCCUCAAAGCCAGUCAGAUCAGCAGCCUGCAGGCCACUCAGAUGACCCAAGAAGCAGCCAUCAGGGACCUGGACAACGAGCGGAGCCGACUGAAGGAUAAGGUGCUGAGGAUGGAGGAGGAGAGGGAGGCCCUGCAGAACCAGAGCCAAGCCCUGGAUGAGAGGCACAAACAGCAGAUCCAAUGCCUUGAGAAGACCCUCCGCGAAGAGAAGGUGUCCCACGAGAAGGAUGUGGACAAUGUCCGAUCCUGCUACGAGGAGGAGGCCAGCCAGCUGAAGGAGAGCCAGGCUCGAUCUCUGGAGGAGGUCACCAAGAAGCACAGAGCUAGUCUGGAGAACGCUCUGACCAACGCUGAGAAGGAUAAGAACCGCCUUCUGGCUGAGAUGGAACAGCAGUUUGAGAAGGAGCGACUCUCUCUGGAGGAGCAGAAGAUGAUUCUCAGUCAGCAGCUGGACGAGCUGAGAGAGGAGCUCACGUCCAAACUCAAAGCAGCCAAUGAGGAGGUGUCCUGGCUGCAGCAGGAGGUACAAAAAGGGGAGCAGAACUUUGGAACAGCUGAAGGGCAGAUCUCCACCCUGAAGGAGGCGCAGGAUAAACUACUGGAGGAGUUGGACGCUACCCGGGCCCGACUGAGAGAGACCAGCAACCUGCUGACCGCGCUGCAGGGGGAGCUGGAAACACAGAAACGUCAACAUGAAGCCAAACUCAUCACCACCAAAGAAGAGGAAAAGCUGAAGAUGGACAAAAUGGCUCUGGAGCUGGAGCUCAAAUGGACCGAAACACUCAGGCAGGAGUGCAAGAAGCUUCGUGAGGAGCUGAGAGAAGAGCAUGAGGAGGACAAAGCUUCAGCUUUAGCUCAGCUGGCUCAAAGUAAGGAGCAGGAGCUGAGCAACGCCAGGGAGAGCUGGCAGAGGAAGGUGGAGGACCUGCUGGAACAGAUAUCCCUGUUGAAGCAAAGUCUAGAGAUGCAGCUGUCCCAGUCCCAGUCGUCGCUGCAGCAGCUGCAGCACCAGUUUAGCCAGGAGAGGGAACACCUGAGGAUGCAGCUGGAUGAGCUGCAGACGGAGCAUCAGAGGAGGCAGCAGCGUCUGCAGGAAGCUCACCGCUGUGCCAUGCAGGACGUGGAGCACACCAGACAACGAGAUCUGAAGGAGCUGGAGGAGCAUCUCCGCCAUCAUCACCACGCAGAGCUGCAGUCGCUCAGAGAAGCCCACCGGCAGAGCAUCGAGACCCUCAAACAGCAGUCGGAACAAGAGCUGCAGACGCUUCGCUUUGAGCUGGAAGAUGAAGGCAAAGCCAUGCUAGCCUCUCUGCGAUCAGAGCUGAACCACAUCCAUGCGUCAGCCAUCGAACACCUGCGACAAACACACCACCAGGAGUCGGCUGCUGCCAAAUCUGAGCUGGAGAAAACCCUGGAGAACAACCGGACCCAGGAGCGUGGGUUACUCAGCCGGAUCUCCGAGCUGCAGGAGGAGGUUUCCAGGAGGAAAAACCACAUCGCCCAGGUGGACCACCAGAUCCACACGCUCAACGAGAACAUCAGCACCCUGACGAAGGAGCUGGAGCUGAAGGGCAAAGAGGUCCUCAAGAUCCGCAGCGAAGCUAAUCAGCAGAUCCGGGCUCACGAGCAAGAGCUGAUGAAGAGGCAUGAGAGGGAACUGGCCGAGCUGAGCGCAGCCCACAGCCGAGAGACCCAGAACAUGCUGUCAGACUUCAACAAAGCACAGGAAGUCCUCAAAGACAAGAUCUCCGCCCUUCAGAUUCUGUUGGAAGGAACAGAGGAGAAGUUUAGAAAUCGAGAGAGUCGUCCUGAGGAUCUGCAGGUGAUCGCUGAGCUGAAGGAUAUGGUCGCUGAGAGAGAAACUCUGGUCAAAAAGCUGGUGGAUGAUAAAAAGUUCUACCAGCUGGAGCUUGUCAACCGGGAGACCAACUUCAACAAAGUAUUCAAUGCCAGUCCUAAUGUAGGAGUCAUCAACCCACUCAUCAAGCAAAAGAAAAAGAAUGAGAAAGCAGCAGCCAGCAGAUUCAGCAGCUCUCAUAAUCUCAGGGCUCUGGAGGCAGCAGGUAUGGGCUUGGACGUGGUGGGUAUAGGGAGUGGGCAGCUCCCACAGCCCCCGCCCCCAGCCCCGCCCGGCCGCCUAGAGCCCAUCCCUAACUCCCCCCUCCAUCACCUUGAGCUCAACUCCAACAAACCUCUUGCCCCGCCGACCACUCCCACCGAACCCAAGAAGUUCAUGAGCCCUCUUGAGAUGAAGGAUGCCACCAUCGACCCCACCGAUGCCCAGCGCCAAGAGUGGUUCGCCCAGUACUUUUCCUUUUGAUUGACCACAAGCUUCCAAACUCAAGGAUUCAGCAUGUCAACCAAACUUUUUAAAAAUAAAUAAAAAGAAACAACAUUUUGAAAAAGAGAAAACAAUGUUGAAACUAUUUGUUAUUAUUGUCAUUGAGAAGGUUCGGGGUCAGUUCACUCCGGAUUCAGUCAGCCAACGCAGGAAUUUGAGGAUGACGUGUCAAAACGCACAGAACUUGAUGUCAUAUAUUUUCACAGAUUUCAGGAAGACUGACUUCCUGUUUGUUGACUGGGAGGAAACUGAACUGAACCCGAUCCUGAGGUCAUCAUUCUGAUCUAAUUUGAUUGUUUGAUUAUCUGAUUGUUUCACUGUGGACGAGUUUCUCUCUUAGUACAGUGACAAUGACCAUCAGUAUGUUCGAUGUUUGUUUCAUUUAAUGACUUCAUACCUUUUGUUGCUGUUUCUUGGAUCUAGGAAACGAGUGGUGCGUUCUCAUGCUGCUAAACUCCAUAGUUGGACUAAAGUGAGAAAUAAAUAUUUGUAAAGAAUUCAAUGGUAGGUUAUUGUGCUCUCUGUAGUACGUGGGUCUUCUGCACACAGCAUCUUAGAUGAGGAGGGCUGAUCUGAGACCAGUUUGCCUCCUCAUUCAUGGUGACAUUUCCAUGGAUCUGAUCCUAGAUCAGUUACGCUUCUCCGAUAGGGUCCAUGAAGUACUGCUUCUGACUUUAGGGCGACACCAUCAACACCAGUUUGUUACAGCUGCAUCUAAGUUUCAGCAGAUUUUGGUAGAAUAUUAAAACCUGUUUGUAUGGUUGUCUGUCUCAACACAGAUAUAAUGAUGUCUCACCAAUUUUAAAAACAAAAAUAGCAUUUUAUAUUUAUAAUAUAAUGUGUAUGCUUAAUAAAGAAUUAUUGUGACAUUUAA